GGGGCGGCGGCUCUGAGCAACCGGGGCGCGGCCCUGCGGGCUCAGGUGCCAUCGGUGACACUUCGGGGUGUGACCGCUGCCACACCGCGGUGCCAGCUGUCCCAAACCGGGGUGCCAGCUGUCCGGGACAGGGAUGGACGCCCCGACCCCUCUCCCGACCCUGAUCCGCAAGAAGCGGGACGGGGAGCGCCUGGAGGACGCCGAGAUCCGGAGCUUCGUGCGCGGCGUCACCGAGGGCACCGCGCAGCAGGGACAGAUCGGCGCCAUGCUGAUGGCCAUCCGGCUGCGGGGCAUGGACGCGAGUGAGACACUGGCCCUGACCCAGGCCAUGGCCACCUCUGGCCGGACGCUGGCCUGGCCGCCCGCCUGGCACGGGCUGGUGGUGGACAAGCACUCGACCGGUGGCGUCGGGGACAAGGUCAGCCUGGCCCUGGCCCCCGCGCUGGCCGCCUGCGGCUGCAAGGUGAGGGGGACCCGGGGAUGGGGCGGGGACGGGGGGUGGCCCCGAGCCCCUGUGCCCACCUGUGCCCCUCCCCAGGUGCCCAUGAUCAGCGGGCGCGGGCUGGGCCACACCGGGGGCACCCUGGACAAGCUGGAGGCCAUUCCCGGAUUCUGCGUCUCCCAGAGCCCCGAGGAGAUGCAGCACAUCCUGGCGCGGGUGGGCUGCUGCAUCGUGGGGCAGAGCGCGGAGCUGGUGCCCGCGGACCGGGUGCUCUACGGGCUGCGCGACGUCACGGCCACCGUGGACAGCCUGCCCCUCAUCACCGCCUCCAUCCUCAGCAAGAAGGCGGCGGAGCGGCUCUCGGCGCUGGUGCUCGAUGUGAAGUUCGGGGGGGCAGCUCUGUACCCCACCCAGGAGAGCGCGCGGGAGCUGGCACGGAGCCUGGUGGAGGUGGGCGCCCACCUGGGCAUCCGCACCGCGGCCCUGCUGACCCGCAUGGACCAGCCGCUGGGCCGCGCCGUGGGCAACGCGCUGGAGGUGCUGGAGGCGCUCGAGUGCCUGGAGGGGGGCGGCCCCCCCGACCUGCGACACCUGGUCACCGCCCUGGGCGGGGUGCUGCUGUGGCAGUGCGGGAUGGCCGCGGGUGCCGAGCAGGGCCGUGAGCGCCUGGCCCGGGCUCUGGACGAUGGCUCCGCCCUGGGCACCUUCGAGGCCAUGCUGGGGGCUCAGGGGGUGCCCCCCGACACCGCCCGGGGCCUCUGUGCCGGGACCCCCGCACAGCGCCGCCAGCUCCUGGGCGAGGCCAAGGUCUGCGAGGAGCUGCCCGCGCCGCAGGAAGGCUGGGUGCAGCAGGUGCGGGCGCUGCCCCUGGCGCAGGUCCUGCACCGCCUGGGCGCGGGCCGCUCGCGGGCCGGGGACCCCGUGAACCCCCGCGUGGGCGCCGAGCUGCUGGUGGGCACCGGGCAGCACCUGCGGGCAGGCGAGCCCUGGCUGCGGGUGCACCAUGAGGGGACCCUCAGCGCGGAGGGCCGGCGCGAGCUGCAGGACGCGCUGUGCCUCGGCCCGGAGCCUCCCCGGGACCCGCCGCCGCUGGUGGCCGAGACCAUCGUGCCCUCGGGAGCCCUCCCCGGGCCGUGCCGGGACUCACAAUAAACCGCGAUGAUCGCCA